AUGGAAACCAAUCAAGAGGCGAACCUAAAGGCCAAAAAAAGGUAUAAGCUAUCGUUCGUUUGCCAGUUAUGCCGAAAGAGUAAAACUAAAUGUGAUAGGAAGAAGCCUAGUUGCGCCAGAUGUCAGCGGCUAAACAAACCCUGCAUUUAUGAUUUGGAAUACCAGCCUUUGCCCAGGAAACCGAACAAGGAUGCAGCCUUGGCUCGACUACAGAAAGAGCUCGAAUAUUGGAAAUAUUUCGCUAAUGCUAGAUUAAGUGAGAUGAAAAAAAUGGACAGCACGGGGUCAGAAGCACUAUCAGAAACAAGUUCAGAUUAUUUACCCAAACAUAAGAUCAACUUAUCAGCUUUUAAACCUCAGCUUGUCUACCAAGAAUUUCGAUUUAUGGAGUUGAAAGUAUUCACCAAUAUGUCGCAGAUCAAACACGAUUGUUUUCUAUCGACAUUUCUAGGUACAUUCUUUGCCUCUGCUUCAAAAGAGGAACUGCUGCACAAUGUUUCGCCUUAUUUGUCGUACCAUGCUAAUAAUGACAAUUCUAAAUACAUUGACAGAGUUCUUCAUUUACGACAAAACUUACUAAUGAGAUUCACCACUGAAGCACAAUCCAAUCGUAUUCAAGAUUUCACGGAUAGACUAUUAACAGGAAGGGAAGUACUUGUUAACUACCGCACGGCAUUUUUUGUUACCAUGUUGAGGAAUGUCUUCUUCCAGGGUAAGUUUGAAGAUUCCAAAAAGCAAGAGGACCCGUGCCCGCCGUUAUUAGAAAGACUAGUUUCCGAGGCAAAUAUUUUAUUACCAAAGAAAGAUGCCUUAUUGUUGUACAAGUCAUACUUUUACAGAAGGCUUUACCACAUUUAUCCAUAUUUUGAUAUUGGAAUGUUCGAAGAAACGUUGGAUAAAAUAUUAGUAGAUGAUUCCGAGAGACCAGACCGCAUGAUUUUCGACAUUGGAAUAGAGAACUUUAGGUACAAGCUUACAAAUAUUGCACUUUUAAUGCUAGUGUUGAAGAUCUCGUAUGGUGCGUUACAGGCCGUAAUAGACACUGAUUAUAAUGCCGAGAUUUGUGAUUCUGAUUUCAUCAAACAAAAUCCCGUAGUAGAUCAAUGUAUUGUAUUUGCCGAAAUAUGCUUGGCUAAAAUGUGCAUUUUCAGUGGUACAAACGAAGUACAAAUUUCAUGUAUGCUUUUCAUUUGGAAUUUUUUUUGUGUCGGCAAUGGUGAUGAUGACAGUGUCUUCGGAAGGGCGACUGAUAUAGUCACUGAGAUGGUAUUUACUUUGGCCAUGAAUAAUGGCCUUGGACGUGACGCAACUCAAUAUCAGCAGUACCAAAUGCAUCCAUCCGUACAGAUUGAAUUACAGAAUCUGCGGAGAAAGCUAAGCUUGAAUGUUAUUUCGACCAGCGUGUUCUCUGGUAUCUUAACUGGUAAUUUCCCUACCAACAUUUGGAGCAAUGCCAAGAACUUCCUUAAUCUUAAUGGAGGCAGGGAUGAGUUCAUGGGAUUGGUGAAAAGAAGCAUGAAAGAAAUCGACCCAUUUGAGUUGAAGAUUCAUAACGUUCUAUUCAAAACUUAUAAAAUAUUGGUACUUUUAAUGGAUCUAGAAGACUUGGUGAAAAAGGGCUCUCCUGGGAUGGACUUGAUACGUAUAGAUUUUAUUACGAAUGCUAUAACUGAGGCCUUGAAUUUAAACUUUUCCAUGGAUUUUGAUUUCAUCGGAGGUCCAAAAUCGUACAAAGUAGAGUUAUCAAACGGAAAAAUUUUGGAGUGUGAUGUGAUAGAUUCGUACCAUAACGUUCAAACCCAAAUUAUUGUAAGAAACUUAAUGAUUCAUUUGAACAAAACUUUGUUCUUAUACUUCGAAGACUUAUGCGUGAAAGGUAAUAUGGAUAAUUUGAUAUAUUACAAAAAAUAUUUAAUAGAAUCAACAAGACACACAUUAGAGCUAGCAAAGUUAUCAAUACUCAUCCUUGAAGGUGAUUUCGACCGAGUGUUGACAGAUGGUUUCAAUAUGGAAAAGUGCAAGAUGAGUACUGAAAUUGUCUUCCCCACAAUAUUGUACUCUUUGCUUGCAUUUGGUAUUAGGCUUGCGCAUGCAGAGUUAAGUUUAACUGAAACGAUAGAAACGUUUGAUGCAAGUAUUAUUGACGUGUCUGCGUUACAGAAUAGGUUAAAACUACUCACCAAUUUACGGAAAAAUACGCUUUAUGCUAUAGGAAGACUCGCGGACGCUAUGAGCGCUUCAUUCCAAUACAAGAAUUUCUGCACGUUCAGAUCUUUACUUUUCAUAGACGCAGUGAUAAAAUUGGACAUGUCAAGAGGACUCAUGGACAUGAUGUUCUACGCGUUAAACCCUCAAAACGGCGUCUUUGACAAGCUGAAUUCCGAAAUGAAAGAGUUACUUACCCAUACUUUGGGUGUAAACCACGAAAAAUUGCGCGAGGAGCUAGACAAUUUGGAAAGAGCUCAGUUCUUAUCUAUUGUAGAUGAAAAAUUCUUACUCGAAAUUCAAUCCAUGAUGCAGGCUCUUCGAUUCUCUUACGUCGACAUCAGCAAUGAAGCGGACCCGGAGAUAUUACCAAUGACAAGACCACCUUCCAUGCCGCAUGGUGUUUCUGUGCUUAACGACUAUUUCAAACAACCUUAA